GGCUGAUGAGGUCUGUGUGUGUUACACGUCUGCAUACUGUAUCCGCGAGUGUAGUCUGUAGUAAAACAACAACAAACCCUUAUCCAUACUUUCCACCGUGGAUUAAACUCAUAUCAAAACAUCGAUAAAUGAUCGCAGCUUUAACAAAUAGCCAGUGCUAUUCGAAGAACCCCUGCAGUUUGAAUCCCAUCGGCUCUGGGUUUGUGUUUACACUUCAUUCAGAUGGGGGAGGUCAGGAAACUCCAGAAGAAGUUAAGGCAAAUUGAGAACUUGGAGAUAAAAAUCUCCCUCACUCCAGAGGAAAAAAUAAAGGUCUCAAAGAAGGCGGAGCUUCGAUCCAGAUUGGCUGAGCUUCUGCUGCAGCUUUCUGGCCCCCAGCAAACUCAAGGGAUUGUGGGAAAAGAGGAGGAUAAAAUGAAAAGACAAGUCGAGGAGGUCACAGAGCAACAUGUUGGCCACCGUCCUGCGCUAAAGAUUGCACGAGAGGAAAGACGUGAGAAUGAAGCAAGCGAUGGAAACCAGACAGAUGGCAGAGGAGAAACGAAUCUCCCCGUCAGCCUCACUGAAGAAGAACAAGAAGAUGCUGAAUUCAGAUCUCGCAAACAAACUUGGGAAAAGGCUAAGUUUCGUCUCAGAGCUCUGGAGGGCCACAGUGACAUCAUCACCUGUGCAGUUGCCGUUGACAAUCUUGUGAUUUCCGGAAGUCGAGACACAACAGUUAAAGUGUGGCAUGUUCCCACGGCAACAGAGCAGCGCAAUUUGGGAGGUCACAGCGGUGGAGUCACCUGUCUGUGUGCACCACCUCCAGAGUCCUGCAAGAGACUAGCACGUGCAUUUGACUUGGCUGACAAGGAAAGAUUUGUCCUAAGUGGUUCGACAGACUGUUGUGUGAAAAUUUGGGCUUUGAGCUCGGGACAGUGUGUUAAAUCCAUCUAUACUUUCAAUGCCGUCACAAGCCUGUGCUUCAUUCCCGAAGGAGAGGGCUUCAUUGUGACUGGCUCAGAUGCUGGGAAGCUGCAGGUGUGGAGCUGGAGCUCGCUGGAGAACUGGCUGUCAGUGAACGCACACCUGGACGCAGUCACCACACUACAGUCCCAUGGUCCUCUGGUGUUCAGCGGCUCGGCGGAGGGAAGUGUGUGUGUGUGGGAGGUGUGCGAUGAAGGGCCGGAGCCCCUGCGCAGGCUGCACCUCUGGGGGCCCGAGGUCACGGGGUGUGGAAAAGAAGACGGGCUUAACGGAAGGCUGGUUCUCAGCCCCCGUGGGGACCGUGUGUUUCUCUCGUGUGGGAAGGCCAGCAUACGAAUCCUGAAUUGGAGGACAGGCGUGAUGACCAGGCUAGCCAAUCACAGCAGCACUGCCGGAGUCACAGAUUGCGUCAAUCAAAUCCCCGGUCUUUUGAUCGCCUCAUGUUUUGAUCUCGCGAAUGGAGAGAGCACAAUAAACUUGUUCUCACUUCCCCAGUGCAAGUACCUGGUUUCACUCACUUCUUCAGAUCUUCCCAGGAUUCUUUGCUUUGCUGCGUGGCUGACCGCAAGCGGAGACCAUCGUUGGGUCACAGGGGGCCAUGAUCUCAUUGUUUGGGAGCAGCUUCCAGGAACUUUUAAAAAGAGGGGCGAUGUCACAGUGAGACGAGACAGACGACUGGAGGACUGUAUUCUGGAAUCAGACAGAGACUCAGAAGACGACAGAAGUGAGGACGAUGCUGAUGACGAAGAUGCCACGACCCAGGAUGCACCUGAAACAGAGGAACCCGCAAGUUCCUCAUGGCUGCGUUGUGUUCUUCAGUGAGCGAGAGGAGGGGUGAAUGAAAAACGGGAGGACAAGGGGGAAGGAGGAGGGUAAAAAAGAACAAACUGUAAAGCAAGAGAAAGCAAGGUCAAGCCACAACGCCGAGUUGCGCACUAUGGAUUGAACAGAUUGACUGACUCGCAGAAACAGAAGGAGGACAGAAACAACAGACUGUUUUUCUAUGUAAACAGUGAUCCAAUAAAACCAACCGUGUUACGACCGUA